AUGUCAGCUCAGCAGACAGGAAACUUGAAGGCCCCUGAGGGUGAACCGUCUCCAGUAUCUCCAGCAACAGCAGUCGAUACCAACGCCUUCUCGGACGAAGAGAACCCAAUACAGUCUCCCAGAUUGGUCUCACAUUCUCAGCAGCCGUCAAGAGGAGGUUCAAGAUCAGUCCGUCGCACCAAUACGAAUACAGGUCGCGGUGGGAGAGAAUCCGUUGACGAUCCUCUACCUACUGGCGCCUCAACCAAAUCCAACCGUCCCAUGAGAGACGGUGGCCGCUUCGGAGACUACGACGACGAUUCUGAGACCGAUCGAUACUGGGGAACCAACGACCGCCAUCCAGAUUAUAGUGGCGGCCGUGCACCUCGUACCCGCCCACCUCGUGCACACCUCAACCGUCCUCAACCUUACUUCAGCUACGACCCCCAGACGGAGACCAAGGACUACUACGAAGAGACUCGGUCCUACGAGCCCGGUGAUUACGGUGGAAGACCUCCCUCUCGCAGAAUGUACGACGAAGAAAUGGCGGGCUACCCCCGUAGCGGUGUUGCCGUCCGCAGCACUAACGGCGACCAAGCCCGGAUCGACUGGCACAACUUAUCUAGGGAAGAAAAGGCGCAGGUCAUGCGUCUACCCCUCACCCAGUGGAUGAACUCGGACCUGAAGAAUCACUUUGUCGCUGCUCUUGGUGAGCUUGUUGGCACAACGAUGUUUUUAUUCUUUGCCUUUGCUGGAACCGAGGUCGCCAACAUCAAGUCGGCUGUCAACAACUCCAACAACCCAGCUGACAGCAACUCUACGACUGGUGCCUCCACUGGUUUCAAUACCGGCACCCUGCUCUACAUUUCUAUCAUCUUCGGGUUUUCUCUCAUGGUCAAUGUCUGGGUCUUUUUUCGCAUCAGUGGUGGUCUGUUCAACCCAGCCGUCACGCUUGGCAUGCUUCUCGUCAAGGCUAUCACCCCACCCCGUGCAGCUUACUUGUUCAUUGCCCAAAUUUUGGGGGGUAUGCUUGCAUCGCUCAUUGUGAGGUUCUUGUUCCCAGAGAACUUUAACGUCCGUACGACACUGGGAGGCGGAGCCACACUAGUGCAGGGUGUUUUCAUCGAGGCUAUCCUUACAGCCGAACUUGUCUUCACUAUUUUCAUGCUCGCCAAAGAAAAGCACAGGGCUACCUUCAUUGCUCCUGUUGGCAUUGGUCUGACUCUGUUCAUUGCAGAGCUGGUGGGUGUUCAGUUUACAGGUGGCUCGCUCAACCCGGCCCGAAGCUUUGGACCCUGCGUCAUCACUGCAACUUUCGACCAGGAACACUGGAUCUACUGGGUUGGGCCCUUUUUUGGUACUUUGAUCGCCGUCGUUUUCUAUAAGUUCAUCAAGAUUUUGGAGUACGAGAUGGCAAACCCGGGCGCCGACGGUGACCCGGAGAACGACCCUACUAAGAACCCUGCAAAGCUUGAGGAGCUGCGUUUGGCUCGCACGAAGUCCGCCAAGCAGGGUUGA